GUCCCCUUCAUUACGCCGUACUGUCUCCCUCUCCCACUUAAACAGUGAACAAAAAAGAUGGCAGAAGCACCUCCAUGGUCCAGACGGUUUUUCUGUCACAGAUGUUCGGAAGAGAUCAGCCCUCGCCUCCCCGAUUACACAUGUCCACGGUGUGAAUCUGGCUUCAUCGAGGAACUGCUGGAGGAGAGAAGCAGUGAAAAUGGGUCCACAUCCACCAUCUCCAGCGGUGAUCAGAACCAACAGUCGUUUGAGAAUGUGGACCCUUCACACAUGGCUACAUUCCCCUCGGGUUACGGCCAGUUUGCUCUAGGUGUCUUUGAUAACUCCUUCGAUUUUGGAGCGGGGCUGGGAACAGAGGACAACCGUGACACAGAGAACCUGCAGGAACAGGAGUUGGCAUCACGGCAGCGUUACGGCACCAGGCAACCUCGUGGACGCCAUGGCAUCCGGAGGCAGGCAGGAAGACAUGAGGGAGUGCCCACUCUAGAGGGAAUCAUUCAGCAGCUAGUGAAUGGAAUAAUCGCCCCUACAGCAAUGCCAAAUAUUGGUGUGGGACCCUGGGGAGUGCUCCACUCAAACCCCAUGGAUUAUGCCUGGGGUGCCAACGGACUAGAUGCAGUCAUUACACAGUUAUUAAAUCAGUUUGAGAACACUGGCCCUCCGCCAGCUGACAGGGACAAAAUCAAGAGCCUUCCCACAAUCCUAAUCACACAGGAGCAUGUCGGCUCAGGUCUAGAAUGUCCAGUGUGUAAAGAAGACUACAGUGCUGGAGAAAAUGUUAGGCAACUUCCAUGUAAUCAUUUGUUUCACAAUGAUUGCAUAAUACCCUGGCUUGAACAGCACGACACAUGUCCAGUGUGCAGGAAAAGCUUGAGUGGACAGAACACAGCUAUGAAUCCUCCAGGUCUAUCAGGGAUGAACUUUGCCACUUCCUCUUCCCCUACACCCCCGUCCUCCAGUUCAACCAGCAACGAGAACUCAGCCAACAACUCCUAAAAAACAUUCCCCACCCCACACCACCCUGUGAACUGCCCUGAGUGGGUGCCAGUCUCAGCCAGUAGAGGGGAGCUAUAAGCACACACCCAGUCUCAUCCUCACUUGGAGCGCUGCCUCACACUGGACCGGAGCCAGCAGGAAUCUAAUCAAAGGAAAGUCAAUGUGUUUCUGCCCCACCUGAGGCUCUCCUCAAGCCAUCAGGAAUGCUGGCCCCCUGCCUGGGGAGGAUCUGGAGGAUAGGGACAUUAGGGGGGUCACUCUGGAUAACCAUCAUACAACAACAGAACAAGCCAGUUAGUCCUGCAUUCUGAGGGCGGACAGGGGUGGGGAGGUUUUUCUGGUGACCUCUUACCAAGACAGUUGUUGUUUUACAUCGAGAGGUAUAUGAAUUUUAAUACUUUGUCUGCACAGCAAUUAGUGAAAAAGGAGAAAUAUAUAUUGUUUACAUUCUUUUUUUUAAGUAACAUCCAUAUCCGUACAGCUAAAGGCCUCAAGGGAACUUUCAGGGGUGAAGGAAGGAGGCUGAGUAUACGAUGUGUACUUGGUUUGGAUUCUGCAGCUUGUUUCCAUGGAUUGGAAACAUCUUAUCAAAUGUUUAGUGUUUUAUUUUUUUAAGUACAUAUGAAUUUACCAUUCUUACAUUUAUUUUUUGUACGAUUUUACAAUUUUCUCAAACAACAAGCAUACAUAAACAAAAGACCAAUAAACCGACACACACAAAUUUCAACAAACAUCACACCUGCUCAGACCCACAUGUUCCCACCACAACCAUACACAUCACGUAUGUCUCAACCACACUCCCGCUCAUCCUUAAUCCCCUGGAACUUUCCAGUGCUUGUAGCACUCUAUGCCAUCUGGCCUCAAAUUGCACUGUUCUAUUUUUCUGUAGCCCACACCUUUUCAAUAUUUAAAUAAUACUUUUGAUUAAUCCACUGUCAUAGUGAUUUACAUUUUAGUCAUUUAGCAGACGCUCUUAUCCAGAGUGACUUACAGUUAGUGAGUGCAUACAUGUUUCAU